AUGAUCGUUGAGAAGCGUAUUGCAUUGCCUGACGAUGACACCCCCACCGACGCUCCUCCCGCCCACAAGGAGAGGCCGCAAUCAUGGCGCUGGUUCUCGUUCGGGCUGCGCUCGCGCGUGGCUAAGCAGGUCCGAGUGACGGUGCUGGGGAUCCUGCGCGACCUAGUGAAGCAGCCGGACAUCAGCAGCUCGGCGAGCGCAAUCCUCGAGAGCUGCGCCGACGCCUGCCGCAUGAACAACUUGUCCAUAUCGACGCUCCUCCAGGAGCCGUCCGUGGAGGGGCACACGCCCCUCUACUGGGCCAUCAUCAAACGCGCCCCUGGCUCCCCUGUGGAGCCCGAGGAUCCCUCGUCGCCCGAUCUCCUUGAAUCGUUCCUGUCGAUCGCUACGCCGUUCACGGAGACCACUAUAUCGGACAUCCGCCUCGCAUGCUUGAACAACGCCGACCACGCUCUGUAUCAGCGGCUGCGGCGGUCCCCGGCCUUCUCCCCGCUGUCUGGCGCGGAAGAGGUGCUCCUCGGUGGGGUGCGGCCUGUGGACGAGAUCAACGUGCUGAACGUCGAGGAAGAUGACUGUGCCUUCGUCGUUGACUUCCGCAUACCGCUCUUCCAGAAGCGGCUGCGGGUCUCAAAGCAACUCAAUCUCGAAUUCAUCGCCAAAGAUCGACUGUGGUCGCUCAAGUUCCUCAUCGCGGCCGCGGAGAACAGCAACAUCAGACCGAUCGCGGAGACGGGGACUUGGCUGGUGACACUAGCAUUGCUGGAGCAUAGCGCGCCCACCGCCGUCGACUCGAACCUGAUCAUCAAGGAUGCGACGAUUCCUGCCAGUCCAUCCCCCUCUUCUCCCUCUGUCCUCUCGCGACAAACCAAAGGCAAGCCUACGAUCACCCUUCGCAUGAAGACGGGAACGACUCACCUGGCGCCCGACCACCGCGACAACGUCAUCUCUACAUCAUUCAAAGAUAGCCUCAUGGCCGAGAGCCUGCAGUACAACGCAAGCCCAUAUGUCGCUGCGGAUGGUUCGUUGACCGCGAGGCUCGAGGCUCGUUUAGGAAGACCCGAUGGGGAAUGCAUCAUCUGCUGA